AUGUCUUCUUCGCCGCGAAGCGGAAAGCUUGCUCGGCAAGCGCAGCUGCACAGCAAGGAGCUUACUCGACAAUCGCCAAUACACGACACUAAUGCGCAACGACAACUACAAGAACCUGCACUAGAGUCCCCUACUGAGAAUGGGAAUAAAGGAAUAAGGAUAAUUGAUGACAGUACUGAUAUUGAAGAAAUGGAAGAAGCUGAGCCAAGUAACAUGCAGGCUGAUGAGCAGCCUGAACCCUCAGAUUUGGGAAGAGAACUGAGAAAUGAGCUUGAGAUGUCAGAAGACCAUAUUCUUGAAAUAAGUUCGUCCAGAGUUCUGUACAUGGGAACAACUCAAAAUGAAGGACAUCUGGCAUUAGCUUUGAGUUUUUAUAGACCUUUCUACGAAUUUUUCCAGGAGGAUGGGCAUAGACUGGAUCACAAAGUGUCCCAUGCUUAA